AAAUAGGACUAACUACUGAGAAGAAUGUGAAAAGCCAUAUAAGCGCGUUUUAAAUAAAAAAACGCUUAUAACAGAGAGGCACAAAAACAACCGCUCCUUUUUCUCUUCAUCAUUACAUUCAUCUCUCUUUCUUUCUCAACUCAUUCACAUCAAAAUAAUCACUUUCUCUUGUUAUGGCCUUUCUCGUCUUUUUUCUGCUUUUCCUGUCCCUCACUGGUCAUUCAAGUGGUCUUUACUGUGUAUGCAAAGAUGGUGUGAGUGAUCAAAUCCUUCAGAAGGCAAUAGAUUAUGCUUGUGGAACUGGAGCUGAUUGUACACCUAUUCUUCAAAAUGGACCUUGUUUUCAACCAAACACUGUGAAAGAUCACUGUAACUAUGCUGUUAAUAGCUAUUACCAAAGAAAGGGUAAUGUUCAAGGAAGUUGUGAUUUUGCUGGAGCUGCAGCACCUUCUCAAACACCACCUACUACAUCAUCUGGAUGUGUUUACCCUUCAAUUCCGGGCAGUGCUGGAACAACACCAUCCACCGGUUCACCAGGUUCAACUCCAGGAACCGGAACCGGCACCGGCACAGGAACAACUGCGGGUAGUCCUAAUGUAUUUGGAAUGAGUCCAACAUCUACAAUUGGUGGAAAUGGUGAUCCUUCUUCAGCUAAUAUGAAAAGCACCAACACUAUAUUGCUAUUGUCCCUUGUUCUUACCAUGUGUUUAGCCUUCAUGGUCUAAACUAUAAGGUACAACAAUGCUACUACUUGGAGGGUUUGAUUUGUGGAUGAGAUUUUAUCAUAAUGUUAAUUUCACUUUAUGAGAAUCAUCCACAACCAAACCCAAAUUUUGUUUUCUUCCUCCCAAGUGGAAAAUUAAAAGUAGAGAAUUUGGUUCUUUGUUUAUAUGGGGUACAAGUAUAACUUCAUCGGUUUUCUUUUAGCUUUCUUUUUCUUUCUUAUUUGUAUAUUUAAGAGUAUGACUGGUACUAUUUUUUUUAAUUAACUUAAUGGAAUCUUGCUGCCCCAUUAAUUUAUUA